GUUAGCUUAGCUACCGGCUCAACCUGAGCGCGCGUCCCUCUUUUUAUUUAUUUAUUUAUUUAUUAGUUUAUUGAACAUUACACCUGGUUGUUGUGUUUACUUUAAGCAGUAUUUAAAUCGAAAGGAACGACCUCUGUCCGGUUUCCCCGUUGGACGGUGGAUAAACGAUCUCGAUUAGGUCGGUUAGUGCCGUUAGCCUCCCGAGGUGUUUCGGUUGAAAGGGAGACCGUGUUAACUGGUGACCUUUCAAGUCAGGUUGGAACACGACGAGGAUGCGUAGCUGUUAAACAAAACACCGAAGACAAACCGGCAGACGCAUUCGACUGAAGGUCUCCAGUUAACAGGGUCGCUCGUUAAUCCGAAACACCGGUACCUGGGUUAAGCUAAUAACAACAACAACAAGGCUCCGGAGCUGUCUGCAACCAGACGUUGUGGAUUAUUAUGGAGUCCAGCGGUUUGAUUGAAGUGACCGUGAAGACUUUGGACUCUCAGAGCAGGAGCUACAAAGUCAGAGGAGAGCUGACAGUGAAGCAGUUCAAGGAGCACAUAGCGUCUUCAGUGGAGAUCCCAGUGGACAAGCAGAGGCUCAUCUACCAGGGCAGAGUGCUGCAGGAUGACAGGACGCUGACCGAGUACAAUGUCGAUGGGAAGGUGAUCCACCUGGUGGAGCGUGCCCCACCUCAGGCCAACAUGUCUGGCUCUGGGGCUGCGGGUGUCUCCACCGGCGGCGUAGACGGUGGAAGCAGCAGCAGCAGCAGCAGCCAUGCCUCCACUUCCUCCCAGGGUGCGCCACACGAUCGCAAUGGCAACAGCUACGUGAUGCUGGGAACCUUCAACCUGCCCGUUAACAUCAUGGACCCUCAGCAGAUACAGAUGUCUGUCCAGCAGAUGAUGGCUGGAGUCGGUGAAGCUGGAAGGAACGCCAGGGUCAGCACCAGCUCCGGGAGCAACGGCUCAGUGGACGUGCAGAUCAACUUGGACCAGUCGGUGCAGAGUGAGCCGAGGAUGAGGCUGCAGCUGGCUGAGAAUCUGCUCCGAGACGCUUGUUCUCUGAUCCACAGGCUGGAGGGAGUGUCCAGCGACGGCAGCUCCCAAUCACAGCCGGAGGUACCUCAAUCCUCUUCCUCUCCGCAGCCAUCCUCCUCUUCUGUCGGAGGAGGAGCCGGAGCAUCACAACCCAUGGACACUAGCUCUCCUCCUGCUCCGUCAUCCUCCACCUCCACGCAGACUGAGGGGCCGGCCAACACUGGGCCUAAUCACCCGAGUCCGGCCGAGUUCGUGGAGGUGCUCUCCGAGGUCAGGAGGGUGGAGGAGAGGUUACGUCCCUUCAUAGAGAGGACGCACUCGAUUCUCGGAGCAGCCACGUCAGCGGACUACAACAACAACACCCAGGAGAGAGAGGAGGAUCAGCGCGUUCUCAACCUGGUCGGAGAUGCUCUGCGUCUCCUCGGCAACACCUUAGUUGUCCUCGGCGACCUACGUUGCAACCUAGCGACCUCUCCUCCACGUCACCUGUAUGUGGUCCGCCCCAUGGCUCAUUACACCCACCCGGUCCUGCUCCAGGCUGGUCUACCGCACAUGCCCAUUCCAAUAAACUUAGGGACGACAGUGACCAUGACCUCUAAUGGGAGACAGGCGGCUGAAGGGCAACGCCAGUCCUCUCAGACUGCUGGCCAAUCAGAUCAGCAGGCUUCAGGCCAGGCGACGCCUCUUCAGUCCAACGGGACCACUCAUCAACAAGGACCGGGCGGACCCCGAGUGAUCCGGAUCACGCACCAAACCAUGGAGCCGGUGGUCAUGAUGCAGAUGAACCUCGACGGUGAGUCAGCUGCUGGCUCUCAGGUUCCGGGGCAGCCAAAUGCUGCAGGUCCGGGACAGCCUGGAGUCACACCCGUCCACUUCCCGGGUCUGCCCCCUGAGUUCAUGCAGGCCAUCGUGCACCAGAUCUCCCACCAAGCCGCCGCCAUGGCCGCCGCAGCCUCAACAACAAGCCACUCGGCACAGAUGCCGCCUGGCUCAACACCCGGCCCUGAAGGAACCGCUUCCCCGCAGCCCCCUCACCCUGCUCAGGCCAGGGUCGUCAUCACAAGACCAUCCUUCGCCCCCCGCGUCCCUCAACCUGCGGGAACCAGAGGAACCACCAUCAACCUGAGGGCCACGGUACCCACGGCUGGCCAGCAGCCAGGACCGCAGGGUACACCUCUGGCUCCGUCCUCCCUCACUCAGAUGAUCAGCGGUCUGGUCGGACAGCUCCUGAUGCCGGGGCAGUCAGGUGAUCCCAUGUCCACCUCCUCCUCGACCAGCUCCCAGUCCUCCUUCUCUACCUCUUUCUCCUCCGAUUCCUCCACCAUGUCUCCUCCGCCAUCCUCUGCCAACACCUCCGGACAAACAUCCACCUUCACCACCAGCACUACCUCCAUGGGCCAGUCAGCAGAGGGCAGUCAUGAGGGAAAUCUGGCCCAGCUCCUGGGCUCUCUGCUGGGUGGAGUAUCUGGGCCGGGGGGUCCGGGCUCUGGACCAGCUCCCUCCAUCACUGUGACUCUGCCAGGCUUGCCCGGCUUCUUCCAGGGCAUGUCGGACUUCACAGCAUCACCUGCCGGUGGGACCGGUACUCCAGCCCCGCCUCAGCCCACCGGUCCUGCCCCGCCUCAGGCAGGCAGUGGUGCAGGCGGAGACUCCCUGAGCCCGGAGCUGUUCACCGGCAUCGUGCAGGGAGUCCUGUCCACCAUGAUGAGCUCUCUGGGGGCACAGCAGGGCAACGGAGAGAGCAUCGCCCAGUUCAUACAGAGACUGUCCCAGACGAGCAACCUGUUCACGCCCGGCUCCGGAGAUGCUGUGGGGUUCUUCGGUGACCUGCUCUCCCUGGUGUGUCAGAGCUUCUCCAUGGUGGACAUGGUGCUGUUGCUUCACGGGAACGCUCAGCCUCUGAGCCGCAUCCAGCCUCAGCUCACCGAGUUCUUCACCGAGCACUACCUCCAGGGCAGAGAGCCCACGGACGCCAACAUCGCCACGGCAGCCGAGGACCUCAUCAACGGGCUGGAGGAGUACAUCGCCGAGAGCUUCGCCACGGUGACGGUGCGAGAAGGAGUGGACAUCGUUCAGACGAACCUGUCUUUCCUCAGGCAGCAGUUCACACAGAUGGCCUCUCACAUCCUGCGCUGCAACAAUCACACGUUCGGCCCUCGUCUGCUCUUGCUGUGCACUCAGGGCCUCUUCGAGUGUCUGGCUCUGAACCUGUACUGCCUCGGAGGAGAGCAGAGAGCUCUGACCGCAGUCAUCAACCACCGCAUUAGGAGGAUGUCUGCAGAAGUCAAUCCCAGUCUGGUCAACUGGCUCACCAGUAUGAUGUCCAUGAGGCUGCACGUCAUUCUGGAACACAACCCGGUCACCGAGGACCAAAUCCAGCACUACGUCAUCUACACGCAGCGGCCGAUGAGUCAGAGCACAGAGGCUGAGGUGGAGCCACCGUCAGAGAGUCUGAACGCAGAGAUGGAGGAGACUUUGUCUCCGGCUCCUGCCACCACAGCGGAGGAGGCCAUGGCUUCAUCAGGCGACCGUGGGGAAAGAGGAGCACCUCCUGGAGACAGUACCACCUCAUCGGGGGACACUCAGUGUCUUGCCGGAGCCCCAACAAGACGGGAAGAGGCGGCCAAUGAGGUGGAGCAAUGGGCAGCAGCUGUUCCACCUGAAUGGGUUCCCAUCAUCAGACAUGACAUGCUGUCUCAGAGGAAGAUCAAAGCCCAGCCGCCGCUGUCUGACGCCUACCUGCACGGGAUGCCGGCCAAGAGGAGGAAGACGACCCAGUGUGAAGGACCACACCUGUCCCUGUCAGACGCAGUGAAUCGAGCUGCUCGUGCCGCGGGAGUCCUGCCCGCCACCGCCCCAAACAGCCUGCAGGUGGAGCUGGAGAGGCCAGAGCUGCAGGAAGCGUACACCAAACAGGUAAAGAGUGACCUCAAAGAGCGAGUGAGAGACGAUCCGGACUACAGCGCCCAGAGGUUCCCCAACACACACCGAGCGUUCUCUGCAGAAGAGUCCUAAUGAUCUGCGGCGCUGUGCCACAGAGGAGCAAGGUUCAGGUCCAGAAACAGGAUCUGUGCACACUACCUGCAGCAUGGAACUCUGGUUCAUGUAGUGUCCUAACAUCCCAUUGUAAACAUGGACGACUGACUUCACCGAAUGAUCCCUCCUCCUCCUCCUCCUCCUCCUCAGAGCGUGACGUCAUCUGCUGUAGUUUAGUUAGAAAGGAGAGAAACCUGCAGACCCUGAACGCCUCGCGGCUUCAGGACGUGCGAGUCACCUCAUCGUUAAAAAACAUUCCCCCUUUUGAGACUUAACGAUGGAAUCAGUUAGCGAAGCAUCGGCGAGGUCUGACAGCAGGUCGUUGCGGGAGAGAGGACCGGGCCACAGAUCUGUAGGUCUGAAGCAGUCUGAGCAAAUCCACUCGACACAUACCACGGAGCACGAGGGCCACUGUUGAGUCGUAAUGUUUAGAGAAAAAAAGUUGUUUGUUAGGUCCCAGCUGGAGAGGAAAGGAAGCAACAUAAAGUAGAUGUACUCAGUGAAAUAAAGUUACCCAUUCUCUGGAGUUUGGAUUAAUUGUAGCAGCCGCUAUCCAUUAAAAAAGAAAUGGGCUCGUACUGAAACAGAAGUCCACAGUCACGUCAAGUAACCAAAGAGCAACAAACUUUAAUUGGCAUAACAUGACAAACUAAACUAGAAACGAUAUGAUAUGGAGCCAUGUGGCGUUGUGAAACGUGAUAAUAGUGAGACGGUCAACAGAAAAUAUUACAGCCUCUUUGUCCAACUCCUCCAACCUUGCAACCUUUGUCUUGAAAUAAUACGACUGUUGACAGGUUGAGUCUUCUGGUCUAAGACACAAUUGAUUUCACACAACAGACGACAAGUUGACGGUUUAAUAUCAGGAGACAAUCUCACUCAGCAUAGAAAGAUACAGACUUAAUGGACUCUCAGCACGCUUCACAUUCCUCUGUCCGUUGUCACUUGAAUCAACAUUUAGGUUUCUCCUCUGACCCCGAUCCUUUAUUUAUCCUACGGUUACAGGAAAAACAACUAUAUAUCUGUCUUGGGCCUCUGCAUGUCAAACUGUUACAGGAAUGCAAACAUACUUAUACACAAACUUUUGUCACAAAUCCAACAGCUUUAUUCUCAUAUUUGUACUUUUUUUUCUUGUAAAAUUUCUGACUCGAGUCUCAUUCAAAGAUGAUUUUUCUCUCUAAAUAUUAUGACUGUUUCCUAACAGUGGUCCUGAUUCAUACUGAGCAUUCCUCUCCUUAUGUUGUAAAUGUAGUUGCAUUAUUAUAUAUCUGUAUAAGGCGAAACUGUAAAUGAGUUCACUCUGUACAUAGUAAACGAGCAGUAGAGCUUUGUCGGUGUCGGUCGGGUUAACCAGAUUUUAAUUUGAUUUUUUUAGCAUCUUCUAGAACCGAGAUGAUUAGCUCAUGUUUAUAUUUUAGGGCAUUGUCUUCAUCGCUCACACUGGUGUCUGUUCAAACAGGACGCUUCAGUGAUGUUAUCUGACCGUGCGUUCAGCUGUGUUUUAUAAUAAUUAUAAUAAUAAUAAUAAUCAGCCUGAGCAGGCCGUGCUGAUGUUCGGCUGCAGUCAGUAGAGGUUCGUCAAACUGUGAAUGGUUACUCUGUGCUUGUUAACAUCACUGAAAUAAAUUAACUUAAUGAUG